GUCAGGUUGGAGCUGUGAAUUUGAACAUCUCCGUUUGUAAGCAGGCAAAAGGGACGAAUUGCUGUCCAUAUUUGUUCGACCCGUGUAGGCGUGACCUGAAUAAAUCUCCUGAAAUAUUUGUGAAAGGUGUAUAUUUCCUUAAAUUCAUGGCUGGUUUUGGUUUAUUUACGACUUUUGGCCUUAUGGUGUUAUGUCUCAGUCAUGGCCAAAUCACCUCGCCGCUUAAUGGGAAAUCUUUCAUCUUCUUAAACGGAGAAACAGCAAAUAUAACCUGGUCGUUCAAAGAUGAUAUAAGUAAAGUAGGUUAUCGGGCUUGGUAUUUCACAAGUAGUAAUGGCGUAUUCAGUGGACAUAAACUUGGAGGAAUAAUUGACGAUGAUCCACCGACGAAAACAACCAGUUUAUUUGAUGUUGAAAUUAAAAAGCCAGGAACAUUGCUUUUAAAGAAUGUUAAUCUAACUUAUGAUGGAACAUACAGGUUUGACCUUAUAGCACCUGUCGGUGGUAGAUCCACAGUUGUAGUUUUCAUUGCAAAGAAGCCAAACGUGACAGUGAAUUGUUCCAGUCUCGUAACACUAAAUGAAGGUGAAAACUUCACAUGUCUAUGCAGAGGUGAAGGUGGAAACCCUCCUGCUAAUGUUACCUGGUUUAAAGAUGGAGACAAAUUUAGCGAUGUUAAAACAGAGAAUCAAACAUUAACUCUCUUAAAUGUUGGUAAAGCUAACAUUGGAACAUACACUUGUGUAGCCACAAGCUAUAAAAGUUAUACGGAUGAAAAAAAAAUCCAAAUAAUAGUUAUCUUGAAACCAUUCGUGACAUUGAACUGUUCUAGUAUCGUCACGCUAAAUGCGGGUGAUAACUUUGUCUGUCUAUGCAAAGGUGACCGUGGAAAUCCUCCUGCUAAUGUUACCUGGUAUAAAGAUGGAGUCAAAAUUAGUGAUGUUGGAACAGAGAGGCAAAAAAUAAAUCUGUUAAAUGUUGGUACAAAAGACCGCGGAACAUACAAGUGUGUAGCCUCAAGCAAUCCUGAUGAAAAAUACACUGAUGAAAAGUUCAUCCAAGUGAUAAUCUUUUUUAAACCAACGAAUACAGUCAUUAGAUUCUCAGCAAACCCAGCAGCAAUCAUUGGAUCAAUAACUGUAACGUGUACAUCUGAUGGGUUUCCUGAGCCAAUAACCACUAUAUAUCAUAAUGGUACUAAGAUCGUUAGUGAUAGCAAACGGUACUCAAAAUCUCAAGUGAAGUGGAAGGAUACUGGAGUGUACAAGUGCAUUGCAAUUAACGCAAUUGGAGAAUACUCCGAUUAUGAAUAUUUAAACGUGAUGGAAAAAACGAAACCAACAACAGCAACUUCACGCUCGCUAUCCAGUACAAGCGUAACAAAUCGGGAAGGUAAUGAAACAGAAAAGGCAGAUCCAGGAGCAUCUACUGACGUUGCAGUGAAAUGGUAUAUCGUCGUGGUAAUACUGCUGUCUGGAAUGAUCAUUGGAAUUCUUAUUUCCUACAUUUUCAUAUGUUCUCGUCGCAAAUUUAGGAAAGCUAAGCAAUCUAACUCUGAACCUCCAACUUCUCCAGUUGAUUUAACUUAUCAAGAACUGGAUCUUAAAACAAUGAACAAAGGAGACAAUUAUCAAUCAUUAACAGUGAAUGCUGUCAGAAAUGACGGUGUAAAUAACGACGAAUCAAAUUAUACUGACCUAACCAAAACAAGAGAUGUGGAAAACAAUCAUCAAUCUUUGACAUGAAUAAGGACUGAUAUUAGUCCUUCACCUGGUUUAAAAAAUAUCGCCUUUUAUAUGGAAAUCUGACAACAAUUUUAUGGAGAGAUUUCGACUGUAUUUUUAAGACUAUAGUCAUGCGGGUGAGAUUUCGAUAACAUUAGCAUAAGAUUUACAUUUUCAGUCCAAAUAUUUAAUGUUAAAAAUUUGUAGAAGCGAGACAAAAAUAGGAACCCAUUUUCUUUUGGCAAAAUUUACCUGGAUGCUGAACGAAAACGGUAUUUCGUCUCAUAGCGUUGACCGAUUUCAAGUGCAUGACCGAGAAUGAUUAUCAACCUAUUAAUUAAAAAUGAAUGAUAUUUUA